UCACUCUAGAGGCGUAACAACUCAUCUUUGGCUGUUUUCGUGGAGACUCUAAGAAUCCAAUCUCUGGCAACGCUUUGACCUCACACUACUACCAUGGAGGUAAACCGCGUCAGGAUUGGAACUCUAACCGCUGCAACCCUUUGAUUUGUCAUCUUUCGUUACUGGCAAUUGUGUUAUUAUCAUGCACUAUGAUUGUGAAUUUCUCCUGUGCUGCCGACGAGACGGCGGAGUUGGUGGCAUGUGACUACAGGCCUAAUGAGGAUGAUUUAGUUGUCAGAUUUUGUCCGAAUUUGGACUACACCAUUGUUCUUGAAUGCAGUUUAACAAAAACAUACUCUCUUUUGUGGACGCUGAACAAUUCUGAAACAGUGGAAUUUCAUCCCCGUUGCAAUGAUUCAUGCAAACAACAAAUGAAGCAAGGAUUUAAUUUCAGCCUCAUCAAAAUGGUCAUAAACAAUGGUACUAACAAUAACUCAUACAUAUCGCAGCUUCGAGUGUCCACUAGUUAUCUUAAGAAUGUUGUCAACCACUCUAAUGAUUUCAAUGUGACAUGUCAGUCUUCAGUAAACAAUAAAAGAAUGUCAUUUAUACAAAUUUCAGAAGGAAAAAACCCUCAAAUUGUUAGUGCUGAAUUUGGAGAAAGUGAUGAGAUCAUUGUUACAUGGAUAUCAGCCAAUAAUGAUCUCACAAGGACCGAAAUUGUUGCAGAAGACGAAAAUGGCACCAAAACGUCUGUUUUUACUGAGUGGUACAAGAGAGAAGGCCAAAUUAAUGUCACUGAAUCUUCAGCUACCUAUAAUGUUACUGUUAUCGAGUACACUAUGUGUAACACAAGUUUUUCCAGUAAUACCACGAGGGUAAACCCAUCACCAGUUAUGGAGUACACUAUGUGUAACACAAGUUUUUCCAGUAAUACCACGAGGGUAAACCCAUCACCAGUUAUGGAGUACACUAUGAGUAACACAAGUUUUUCCAGUAGUACCACGUGGGUAAGCCCAUCACCUACCACAGGGAGCUCACUGGUUCUGGAUGCACAGCUGUUCUUACUGGUUCCAGUACUGCUUUUUAGUUACUUGUAGAGCGUAUGAUAGAGACUGAGUGUAUAUACACUGUGUAACCAUGCAAGUAUUUCCGGAAGUCGA